AUGGAUGAAAGUGCCCUCUGGAGCGAUAUUGCCUACUUGGAGGGGAACUUCACUUCUUCCUACCAUGACUACAAUGUCAGUGACGCCUCCUGCCUGCUUUCUGACUACUACGCCACCCAGGCUUUUGAGAGUUUUUUCCUGCCUCCUUUCUAUAGCCUCCUUUUUUUUCCUGGGACUGUGGGGAAACGGGAUGGUGAUUGCUGUCUUGCUUCAUGCCAAAGAAUCCCUACCUGCGACAGUGCUCUGCCUGGCCUCGGCCCCUUGACAGGGUUGCCUGGUACCACCUUGACAGCGGAAGAGCUGAAGUAUGCUGACAUUCGCAACAUUGGGGCCAUGAUUUCGCCACUACACUUCAUGGAGGUGAAACUAGGCAAGAGGCCUCAGCCAGUGAAAAGUGAGCUAGAUGAAGAAGAGGAAAGGAGGAAAAGGCGCCGAGAGAAGAACAGAGUAGCAGUUGCUCGAUGUUGGAAUAAGAAGAAGGAGAGGACAGAGUUCCUGCAGCGGGAAUCUGAACGCCUGGAGCUCAUGAAUGCCAAGCUGAAAGCCCAGAUAGAGGAGCUGAAGCAAAAGAGGCAGCAGCUGAUCUUGAUGCUGACCAGCCACCAGAAAAAUUCGACUUGGUCCAAAAGCACAGAGGCCUCCUACUCUGGACUCUAG